CCCACACCUUCCACUCGUGCCGCGUCGGCCGUCCCGUCCCAGCAGUCGCGACCUGUCCAAGCCCGGCUGCCGGACUCAGCGCUGCUGUCGCCAACACCGCGGCGAGGUGAGGCGCCAGCGGGCCCCAGCAAGACAUGAUGGACGGUCCUCGUUCAGAUGUGGGCCGCUGGGGCGGGAACGCCUGGCAGCCCCCCACCACACCUUCACCAGAGCCAGAGCCAGAGCCAGACAGACGGUCUCGUCGAGGAGGCCGUUCCUUCUGGGCUCGCUGCUGUGGCUGCUGCUCAUGCCGAAAUGAAACGGAUGCUGACUGGGGACCUGAGCCCCAUGGAGACCGAGGGUCUGGUUCCAGGGGUCGAGGGUCUAGCUCUGGGGGUCGAAGACCAGACUCCCGGGGCUCAGAUUCCCGCCGGCCUGGCUCCCGGGCCAGUGGUGGUGUGAAUGCAGCUGGAGACGGCACCAUCAGAGAGGGCAUGCUGGUAGUGACCGGUGUGGAUCUGCUGAGUUCACGCUCGGACCGGAAUCGCCGAGAGCACCACACAGAUGAGUUUGAGUAUGAUGAGCUGAUUUUACGCCGGGGGCAGCCUUUUGAAAUGGUCCUCCACCUCUCUCGGCCCUAUGAGUCCUCUGAUCAUGUCGCCCUGGAGCUGCUUAUCGGAAACAACCCCGAGGUGGGGAAGGGCACACAUGUGAUCAUCCCAGUGGGAAAGGGGGGCAGUGGAGGCUGGAAAGCCCAGGUGACCAAGGCCAGCGGGCAGAAUCUGAACCUACGUGUCCACACUUCUCCCAAUGCCAUCAUCGGCAAGUUUCAAUUCACGGUCCGCACACGUUCAGAGGCUGGCGAGUUCCAGUUGCCUUUUGACCCCCACAAUGAGAUCUACAUCCUCUUCAAUCCAUGGUGUCCAGAGGACAUUGUGUACGUGGAGCAUGAGGACUGGCGACAGGAGUACGUGCUUAAUGAAUCUGGGAGAAUUUACUAUGGGACCGAAGCACAGAUUGGCGAGCGGACUUGGAACUACGGACAGUUUGACCAUGGAGUGCUGGAUGCCUGCCUGUACAUCCUGGACCGGCGGGGCAUGCCAUACGGAGGCCGUGGGGACCCAGUCAGUGUCUCCCGGGUCAUCUCUGCCAUGGUGAACUCCUUGGAUGACAAUGGGGUCCUAAUUGGAAACUGGUCUGGUGAUUACUCUCGAGGCACCAACCCUUCGGCUUGGGUGGGCAGCGUGGAGAUCCUACUCAGCUACCUACGCACUGGCUAUUCUGUCCCCUAUGGCCAGUGCUGGGUCUUUGCCGGUGUGACCACAACAGUGCUGCGCUGCUUGGGCCUGGCUACCCGCACUGUCACCAACUUCAACUCGGCACAUGACACAGACACAUCCCUCACCAUGGACAUCUACUUUGACGAGAAUAUGAAGCCUCUUGAGCACCUCAACCAUGAUUCUGUUUGGAACUUCCACGUGUGGAACGACUGCUGGAUGAAGAGGCCAGAUCUGCCCUCUGGCUUUGGUGGGUGGCAGGUGGUGGACGCCACGCCCCAGGAAACCAGCAGUGGCAUCUUCUGUUGCGGCCCCUGCUCUGUGGAGUCCAUCAAGAAUGGCCUGGUCUACAUGAAGUACGACACGCCCUUCAUUUUUGCCGAGGUCAACAGUGACAAAGUUUACUGGCAGCGACAGGAUGACGGCAGUUUUAAGAUCGUGUAUGUGGAAGAGAAGGCCAUUGGCACGCUCAUCAUAACAAAGGCCAUUGGAUCCAACAUGCGAGAUGAUGUCACCCACAUUUAUAAACACCCAGAAGGCUCGGAAGCAGAGCGCAAAGCAGUGGAGACAGCAGCAUCCCACGGCAGCAAACCCAAUGUAUACUCCACCCGAGACUCGGCCGAGGAUGUGGCGAUGCAGGUGGAGGCACAGGACGCAGUGAUGGGGCAGGACCUGACCGUCUGCGUGGUGUUGACCAAUCGUGGCGGCAGUCGCCGAACAGUGAAGCUGCACCUCUACCUCUCAGUCACCUUCUACACCGGUGUCACCGGGUCUGUCUUCAAGGAGAGCAAGAAAGAAGUGGUACUGGCGCCAGGGGCCUCGGAACGCGUGUCCAUGCCCGUGGCCUACAAGGAAUACCGGCCCCACCUCGUAGACCAGGGGUCCAUGCUGCUCAACGUCUCGGGCCAUGUCAAAGAGAAUGGGCAGGUGCUGGCCAAGCAGCACACCUUCCGUCUGCGCACCCCAGACCUUUCCCUCACGUUAUUGGGGGCAGCCGUGGUUGGCCAGGAGUGCGAAGUACAGAUUGUCUUCAAGAACCCCCUGCCUGUCACCCUCACCAACGUCGUCUUCCGGCUUGAGGGCUCCGGGCUACAGAGACCUAAGAUCCUCAAUGUGGGGGACAUUGGGGGCAACGAGACAGUGACGCUACACCAGAAGUUUGUGCCGGUGCGACCAGGCCCCCGCCAGCUCAUUGCCAGCUUGGACAGCCCCCAGCUCUCCCAGGUGCAUGGUGUCAUCCAGGUGGACGUAGCUCCGGCCCCUGGGGGCGGAGGCUUCUUCUCAGAUGCUGGAGGCGACAGUCACUCAGGAGAGACCAUCCCCAUGGCAUCUCGAGGUGGGGCUUAACCCCUGGCCAGGAGCAAGGGGACUGGAGUCAAAGGAGCAAGGACAUUGUUGCCUCAGGUCAGGGGCCCACUGCGGAGCUGCUCUCCAGAUGCUCAGGUGGGGAGGUUAGGGCACCUGGGGAGGGGGCCACUCGUCACAUGCAUGGGGCAGCACAG